CUCAAUGAUUGGAAUAAUCCUUUCAGGUUAAAAAAAAAAUGUAUAAGGAUAUAAUAUCACAGGUGUUUUAGUGCUAACAAAAGAUGGAAUGUCCAUCUCUCUCUCCUCUCCUCUAUUGCAUACAUCUGAACAAAUAUUGCAAAGGGCAUAAACUGGGCUUUAUUUUCUCAUAUAAAAAACAUACGAACUAACUACUUCCUUGACAAGAUGACAGUGUUUUACAGCAGAUGCAAAAUAUGUUUUGUCUACUUCUUCCUUCACUUGUCACAACUCUCUUAAUAUAUAUAAAACAUUAUAAAAUGAGUAUAUUUUUCCCCCUAGAUUUCAGUGGAAAUAAAGUUAAUGUAGAAAAUGUUUAUAUAAUACAGUGCAUGACAUCCUUCUAUGACUAAAUUAGCACAGCGCAGUGCAAAUAUAAAUUCCUUUUUUUUUUUUUCUUUUCAGGAUGCACUUGAUAUGCAUACUAAAGUGAAAUCAUGAAUUCAGCACUGCAAAUUGUUACUAUUUUUUUUCUGUUUAAUUUCUUUAUCUGAUGCAAUUGACCCUUUAGCACUAAAUCUUGUUUUGAACAAAAAGCCUAUGGGGACUCAGCCAAAUUGAAGAGACUUCUUGGGUUAGCUUUUGAAUGAAUCGAGCACUGACUACAGUGCCUUCAUUGCAUCAUUCCCUUUCAGCCAUAUUUGUUCCAGGUAAAGAAUGGUAUCAAUCAGACAUCCUGGUCCUUACACAAGCACUCUUGACCAGCUGUGAGACAGGUCUUUGGAAAGCAACAACAUGUUAAAUUAAAUAGUUUUAUUAUUUUUGGGAAUCAAAUAAAUGGGCUGAGUCCAAGUAUAGCUUUAAAGAUCUGUUUGAGGCCUGGAGCAAAAUAAUCUAUUAUGCGUUGCAAAAAAAUGAAAAAAAAAUCUGAAAAGAACUGGUGAAGGCAUUGUUGAUUUUAUUUCAAGUUCUGGCUAAGAAGUACUCUUCCUAAUGAUACUGAUACUGUUUUGGGAGGACUGAAAAUUAUGUGUGGGCAUUUUACAAAGAUAAGGAAAACCUUUCCAGAUCUUUUAUUUUGAUCAACCCAUAGUAAAACCAAACAAGCAAAAAAAAACAAACAAACCCCAAAGUAUUUUAUUAAAGACAUAUUGAGUGUGGGUUUGUCCCCAGAAAAUUUAAGCAACAGUUCACAGGCAAACCAUACAUCUAACAAAGCAAGUGAUUUGUUAUUUAAACAUUUAAAAAAAAAAUCAGAACUGACAGCAAUUGGAGCAAGUGACUAGGGACUGGACCUGGGUUCUCUUCCUAUGACCUGUCGCUGAAUUACUCUGUGUUUUUGGUCUGUCGUUAAUCUGUAAUGUGCCUUUGUUUGCUCGUUUUUAAAACUGGUCUUGUAAAGUGGCAUUUGGCAGUUUUGUUAAAUGUUUUGAGACCAUCAGAUGAAAGGUGCUAUAUCUGGCAUGAAGUACUAUUUAUGUUAUAUUUCAAGUAUUAGACGCAUUGCAGACCUUAAAAGCACUCACCAGGAACUUUAGCAAUGUUAAUUAUUGGUACACAUUUUAGUUAGGCAGCUAACGAUGAAGAUCUCCACCCAGACUUGUAUGUUUCUUGUUCUUUUCUAUAUCUGUGAAACCCAUUUUCUGCUGAGCAGUUAAUUUAUUCACAGUUCUUAAAAGAUGACACGGAUUCUUAUAUUUAGAUAAGUGACUUUUACACUGGAGAGAAUGUAUGCAUAUAUUGACUUAACAUAAAGCCAGGUGUUCACUAUCUUGAAAACUGCGCCCCAGUAUGUACUGCUACCAUUAUCCCUUUUAUUCUAGUCAAUACAAGUAAACUCGGAGAGUAACUAGCUAAUGGCAGAUAACCCCGCAAGAUGUCUGAAAUCACCUACCUUGAAAGCUUUAGGAGAAGCUAGCCUGUGUUGCUAGGUUUUGUGAUGAAGUCAGAUCUGAACGCACUGCAAACAUUAACGAUUUUCUCUUUGAAACACUCCUGCUGAGAGAGGGAAGUAUUAUCCUUGACUUUGAUGGACAAGGGAAAGAAUUGAACAUGCAUGCUGUAUCCUGGGUCUCAGGCCACAGAUGGGCAUUCCUUUCUAUUGGUAGAUAAAGUCUGGAAGCAGGAGCCUGCCUGUCUUCCACCCCUUUGGAGAGCUACACAGACAACCUCUCUCUAGACAGUGGCACUAUAGAUAGGGUGACCAUACAUCCCAGUUUGGCCGGGACAGUGCUGGAUUUUGUAGGCCAUCCCAGCAUCCUGGCCAGUUGGUGAAAAACUAAACAAAAGUCCCGUAUUGGUGCCACCUCCCUGCUCUACCUGGGCCAGCUCCUUCUGGCCGGGCAAGACUGGGCACUGCUCCUCCUGCCUGGGGCAGGGAUCAGCUGGUUGGGGUUCAUGCCCUGGGUUUCCUUUAAAAUAAUAUGAUCACCCUAACUACAGAGGUCUGCUCAAGGGCCACUUUCACCCUUAGGAAAGCUCAUUAUUUGACAGCCUGUCCUCUCCUUUACUUCAGGAGGGGGUUUUCUCCCCCCCUCUCCCAGCUUUUAAAGCCUUGCAUAUGCAGCCUGUGCAGGAUGCACUCUGGGAUGACUUAAAGUCAGAGGUGGGGGGAAGGGGGGGCAGGGACAGCCUCUCUGAUCACAGUUCCCUGCUUCCCAGUUUUUAAAUUGUCAUGUGUGCCACCCACCUGGGUGGCGUAUGUGGCAUUUAAAGCCUGUGAAGCUGGGUACCAGGGUGGGAAGAGCUUUCCUGGCCCUGGUUCCCAGCCGUGUUGGUUUUGAAAUCGCUACCCGCACUGACCAGCUGUGCAGCUUUUAAAGCCCAUGGGGUGGGGAACCAGGGCCAGUUCCUGGUUCUACAGGCUUUAAAUGCUGCCUAGAUUGGCUGGUAGCAUUUAAAGUUGAUAGGGUCAGGAACUGCCAAGUCAAUAUAAUAGAUAGUUCUUGGCAAGAAUUGUUUUUUGGGAACUGUGCCUGUUGCCUGAAAGCUUGUCCAACAGCUGUCCAAACUAUAUAGUUGGGCCAGUACAAGUUACCCAAAAAGCCUUGCCUCAGCUAUUACCUUGACCAUCACAGCUACAAAAAUUUUCCUCCCCUACUACAGUUUGGGAUUAAAGGAAGUUUUGGUACUCUUUCUCUUCAUAACUACAAAUUUACCAAAGCUUAGUUUCCAUCAGCCACUGUUGUCAGUAUAAGACUGAGGCCACAGGCUGGGUCUGAGCUUAAAAUGGCCUUUAUUUUUCUACAGCCAAUGCAGGAAGAAACGUUGGUUGUCUUUUAAAAAGAUUGCAGUUGCCUCCCAACAUUACUAGGGAAGGCAGCCUUGAGGUGAAGUUGGCAGAAGCCUCUUAUGUCUUCUGAAGAUAGAUAGAGACAUUAUUGGAAGAGAGGUAGGAAAGUCUAAGGGGAGGAAGGGAUGCUGAGGGAGGGCAGAUGUAUGCAUGCACACAGGGAUGUGGGAAAAGUUGAAUGCAGGAUGUCUGCAGUGAAUCGGAAGGGCAGGAGACAGAUGUGUGCAUCUGAGGGAAGAACAAGGGGCAGGAGACGGGUUAGGAAGGGUUAGUAUGGGAACAGAUGUAAGACAUGAGUCUAUGGGAGUCUCCUUUGUGAUGAGACAUGGGGGUGAAAAAGCCAUUGGUUGUCAUUCAGCCAUUGUUAAUCUUGACAGUGAAGGAGACCUGGAUUUGGAAGUAUUAUGACAUAUGCCGCUUAAACAUUUGAAACCCUAACAAACACUUAAAAAUUGUUAGGGUUUCUGCAUACACCAUGCCUAACAGUAUAUACCCUCUGCUCUUCCAUCAUAGACACCCACCUAAACAUUGCCAGCUUAAAUACACAAUUCUGCACUUGAAAGCUGCCAUCUUCUUAGGAUCAACUUUGUCAAACUGUCACCUUCAAAAAAAUGAAACUAUAGUAAAAUCUCCGUUAUCCAGCAUUUCACCAACUGGAAUACUCUAACUGGAGUUUCCACCUGGCCAGAUAUGGAUGGGGGGAGCUUGCACACAGUGGUGGCGGCUGCCACCUACCACCCUGCACUGCCGCCUCCCCUCCCCCCGCUCACGUUAUCUGAAAACAGUGCUAGGUUAUUUCAGCUAACUUAACCCCGGGAUGCCGGAUAACAGAGAUUUUACUGUACUUCACCAAACGUCCACAACAAAUAUUACCAUAUUUUCUCGCAUAUGACAAACACCUUUUCCAUCAAAUUAGUUCCCCAAAAUUGGGAUUGGUGCAUUAAGUGGAGGAACUGAUUUUUCUGUCUGGGAUGGAAGCACACUGCUUUGAUUCUUAUUCUACAGUGCAGCAGCUGUUUGCAUUACUGUUCAGGCAGCUGAAGGAGUCAGUUGACUUAAUGGCUUAUGGUUCUUUCCAAAACCCAGGGAGACGAGGCUUCAGCAGCAGCUAGGGUUUGAACUUUAAUUAAAUAGGAAAGGGAGGGUGGGUCAUUUGAAAAUUAGACUCUGUCCUUGCUCCUUUGUGUAGCCAUAACUCUAGAAAAAAAAAUCUUCAUUCUGCCUUUCAAAAACAAGGAGAACAGAGUUGUAUUUAAAAUGGAAGUUGAUAUAAAUGGAGAGUCCAGAACCACUGUAUCUACCCUUCCCUUACCUGUUGCAGAGGUGAGUUCUACAGGCAGGGCAGAAGCAGAGAAACCUCGAUGUUCCAGUACCCCGUGCUCACCAAUGCGACGAACUGUUUCAGGUUAUCAGAUCCUCCAUAUGGAUUCUAACUAUUUGGUUGGCUUCACAACUGGGGAGGAGCUCUUGAAAUUAGCCCAUAAGUGUACAGGAAAUGAGGAAAAUAAAUCAGAAUCUGGACCUACCUUACGAUCCAAACAACUUGAUUCAGGACUUCCCCGUUCAUCCCGGUUGUACAAAACAAGAAGUAGAUACUACCAGCCAUAUGAGAUCCCAGCUGUAAAUGGAAGGAGGAGACGACGGAUGCCCAGCUCAGGGGAUAAAUGCACUAAGGCUUUACCAUAUGAACCCUACAAAGCACUUCAUGGUCCUCUGCCUCUUUGUCUUCUGAAAGGUAAGAGGGCUCACUCUAAAUCCCUGGACUACCUCAAUUUAGACAAAAUGAACAUCAAGGAACCGGCUGACACAGAAGUGCUACAAUACCAGCUCCAGCAUCUGACCCUACGAGGGGACCGUAUGUUUGCUAGAAACAACACAUGAGCUACCAUUUGGAAGUUAAAGCCAAUUCCUGGUUAUUUCUUUGUUGCUGCAAAACUCCACUGUUGUACUGUGUACAUGACUGUCCACAUCGUAGGUGGUUGUAUCAGCUAAGUGUUACUGGAACGUAAUUUAUUUGAAUACAAUUUUGACAAAAAAUGUCUCAAGCAUUUGGAGGAAAAAUUUUUCCAGAGCAAGCAACUUCUGAAGAAAAUCUGACUGUAGUUGGUGGGCAUUUCUUUGGGGACCCUUUUUAACAAAGGAACAGCUUUUUUGUACAGGUAUAUCUAAUAUUUAUGGUGAUUUGACACUCCAGGAUUGGUGAGAAUGUCUAGUUGGUUAUUGCUAAAAAUUUGACUUGCUACUGGAAAUUGCUCUUGGAUAAGCACUCAAGUUCUCCUUUUAUUGCUUUGUGUAUUUUACAAUAAGAUAUGCAUAUGAUUUGUUAUACUAUAGAAAAGAAUGUGAACCUGGCUGAAUUGGACCAUGUUAUUUAAAACAGUCCAGUUUAAACCUUUUGUAACUGGUUUUUGCACUGGAAAAAGAAGUCUGAUUGAAAAAAUAAACCUUUGUUCAUUUGCUAUUUAAAAA